UGCCACAAUGCUAAGUUUUAAGGAUGAUACAAGCAAAGUUGCUAGGCAGAGAAGUGAGCGCGCUCAGGAGUUGAUAUGCUGCUAUUCUACCCUUGUUUUACUAGACAGCAAAAAUUAUAGCAUUGUGAAAGUUAUUCUGAACGAUGAGAGGACCUAAUUUGAAGGCCUCUGUCAUGUCCGGACUUGUUGCCUUGAAGAAAUUCAGGUGGAAUUUUGUCUCUUCCUGAAGCCUUUCCUGAGUUCAUCUGUAAAGUUUUUCUUGAAGGCAAGUCAAACCAGGAUUGUUGGCUGUGUGGUUGACUGUGGUAGUUCUGUACAAAAAAUGCUGGUGUUCUCCCCAUCUGUGUAUAUUGUUACUGCCUGGGUUUUUUUUUCAAUUUUAUUUUAAGGAUGAACUAUCAGCAGAGACCAAUGGUGUGGAACCUGUCCUGGAUUUAUCUUGUGUAUCUCGCAGCUCUCUCUGAACCAUUACAGUUCAGGUAUUGGAAUGUGUCAGUUUUGGAGGCGAAGAUCAGGUUAUUUUGCUAUGCAGGAUUUGAGAGGUGACUUAGUCAUUUUAUCAAAUAUCCCAAAAUAUUGAGGGAGGCAAGAGAACAAACUAUUGGAGCAUUGACAUACAUUUUUGUAUCCUGUUUGGCCAGAGGUGAGGUCCUGAGGUUUGAAGAAUAGUCAACAUUGUCCCAUUGUUUAAGAAGGGUAGAAAUCAUGAUCCUGGAAAUGACAGGCCUGUUAGUCUCAUGUUGGUGGUAGAGAAAUUUUUGAAAAGAUUCUCGAGGACAAGAUCUGUACGUAUUUGGAACCAAAUGGAUUGUUAGUGAUAGGCAGGAUGGUUUUGUGCGGGUAAGGUCGUGACUCACUAACUUGAUUCAGUUUUGUUUUUGAGGAGGUGACAGAGAUGAUUGAUGAAAAAUGUUGUCUACGUGGACUUCAGUAAAGCCUUUAACAAGAUCCCUCAUGACAGACUGGUAUAAAAGCAACACAGAUGUUUUGUCCAAGUUUGCUGCAGGAGCUGAGCUACUUAGCAGAUAUGAGAACACGUGGGCAGCUCUUCAUAAACGAACUGAGGAGUGUGCUAAAGUUGGAGAGGUUGUAGAUGGCAAAAUCGUGGUCCUGUCAGCAUACUGGGAGAAAAGACGGAACCAGUUAUCUGAGCUGCAGGAACAGCUCGAACAAGUUCCAGCUCUGCUUGUGGGCUUGGAUACCCUGACAUCCAAACUUGUUGAAUUGGAAACAGAAUUUCAAGAGUUAGAGGGUCACUUGCUUCAUCUGGAGGAUACCUGUGAGCAAUGUGAACUUGAGCGAUAUAAACAGUUACAGAUCGUUCAGUUGGAAAACCACAAGAAACAAAAGAGAAAAAGAAUUGAAGCUUUGAAAGCUGAGUUGGACAGUGAACAUGCUCAGAAGGUGCGAGAUAUGGAGAAUACCCAACAGCUGAAACUGAAAGAGCGGCAAAAAUUCUUUGAAGAAGCCUUUCAGCAGGAUCUGGACCAAUAUCUAUCUACAGGAUACUUGCAGAUUGCAAAGGGACGAGAGCCCAUUGGAAGUAUGUCUUCUAUGGAGGUAAACGUUGACAUGCUGGAGCAGAUGGACCUGUUGGAUAUGUCUGACCAGGAAGCACUAGACGUGUUUCUCAACUCGGGUGGGGAAGACAGUGAAAUCUCACCUGUGUUAGGGUCCAAUUCUGAGCCAAAUCAAGGUGAAAUAACUCUGCAAGUGCCAAACCAAGAUGAACUUAGACUGAAAUUAUCUUCUUUCACUGAUGACAAUGACACUCCACUGGUCCAAUCUGAUGAAGAAGACGUUCAAAUAGACACAAGUUUGAUCACAAAGAAUUCAGAUUUUGGACAGAAUGCUGACAGUGACUCUCAGUAAAGUGCAAGAUAUUAUUUGAAACUUUGUCAAAGGUUACAAAGUAUUGCAUUGUGUAAAAGAUAAUAUAAUGGAUAAUCCAGACCAUUUUACUACAUCUAUUUUGAAAAGUGUAAAUUCCUGUUACCUUGUGUGUCUGUGAUUACACAAAUGCUGUAGUAAGUUAGUUAUAACUGGUUACCCAUUUGCUUCAAAUACAGAAGCAUAGCUCUCUGGCUUGACUAAUGAACCUUCCCAUCCAAGAUAUUAUUCACAUAAUCUAUGCGCUGUGCUUAAUGAAUUGAACAUAGAAGCAUCCUUUAAAUCCCAGUUGGCUUGAUUGUAGUUUUCACUAAUGCAAGACUCUUAAAAUUGACUUCAGUUGUGCACUUGUCACCUUCAAAUUAAUAAAAGCUUUUUCAGUACUGCC